AUGUCCUACCCUUAUUACCAGUCAACUCUAGAUGGAUGGGGAAGUAACCAAUGGUCGAGCGUAGGGGGUGGAUAUGAUUAUUUCAGAGCCCACGCACCACAUAUGGAUCCUGCGAUCUUCAAUCAGGUCUAUGGUAAAAUCUUUAGUGCAGAUACGGCUCCCGUGGGUGUAGGUAUCAAUGAGGCUCGCAUAUGGCACCGACGUGGAUAUGGUGGUAUUUGUGCAAUCAAUGCGCUGACUCCCCAGGAAAUCGGAUAUGCCUCAGCAUACGAAGCAUACCGAUUCUGGAUCCAUAAUAUCGCGCUUUAUGAGCUUUUCGGCGCAGAAAUUGAGCGCCAGAGAGAAUCAUUCACAGGACUUGCCAUUGCAGAAGCCAUCAAGAUGUACAUGAUCUCAAGCCCGGCUGAUGUGGACGGUUGUAUACCAGCCUGCGAAGCCGCAGCAGUGACUGCAUUGCAUAUAUUCGAUGAAAACUUGUCGAGUUUCGCCGGAGGGGAUAUGAGUGCUGGGACGGGGUACGAUACCGGAAUGGAUGUUGGCACAUAUGGUUCGGGAUUCGGAACGCCCGGGAUGGCAGGUUCUGGCAUGGCUAGUGUAAUCGACCCACAUGCCAUUGACUAUGAAGCACCAUAUUUCCGCCAGAGGACUGGGAGACACAGGCGGCUCUCGAUGCCAGCCCCAUAUGGCGCUACAGGAGUAUAUACUAAUAGCCCCAGAGCAGGAUCGGUUAUAGGUGGGAUUGGGGGCUCGCCUUACUUGGGUACUUCACCUGGCAUGGGCAUGGGGGCGAACCCUGCAAUUUAUGGUGGUGGGAGCCCCCCAGUUGGCGGAAAUGGAAUGGGACUUUCAAGGAUGCACGGAAGUGUUUACCCUGCAUAUGGUGCUGGGUCUUCUGUAUAUGGAGGCGCAUCUCCGGUACAUGCGCCACCCAUUUACCGCGCGCCUUCGCCAUACAACAACACCCCAAACGUCACAACGGUAUCCGCCUAUCCAGGCACGACGACUGUUAUUCAGUUACCCCGAAGACACCACCGGUCAUCUAGUAGACAUCAUAAACACCAUAGCAGGCGCGCGCGGAGUGCCGAGCCCGAUAUGAUUACAUACACCAACACGAUGGGCAGUCCUAAUGUUAGGGGUGCAGCCGUUGGUGCCGCGAGGGCAGUAGGCGGCGCCGUGGGCGGAAUCGCUGGAGGAGCAGCAGGCUUUGUUGGAGGCGCAGUAGGAGGGCUAGCACGAGGUGCGGUGGGCGGAUUUACAAGAGGUUCUUCAAUCGGCGCGUCUGGUCCCAUGAGGGGUGGUGUGGGUGGUUCCUAUGGCAGUCCCAACAAGGGCUACGGUUACCCGGGACACAAAAGCAUAUAUCGAUACUAACACGCAUCAGGCUAUGGUAUUGUACAUACUGUAACAUUCACGAUAGUGUAUAUACUUGGAAUCAAUAUAUCUCGAUACAUGGCACUUAACCACGACAUCUGUUUUCGUUCAUUUACGAAAAUACACAUCGUCCGACCAACUGGACCACUUCUCAGCAGCUUCAAGCAAUAAUUCCCCCUUCUGUCUCGCAGAUUCCAAGGCGACCCUAUGCAAAGGGAGGCGUACUGGGGGUUCAUCCAAACGAGACAACCUGUAGGCCACUUCUGCAAACUUGGCUGGAUCGCCAUCAAAAUGUGUCUGCUCGAUAUCAGGAUAGAGAGCUCGGUAUUUGCGCGUAG